ACGUAAAAAAAAAUAAAUAUUUAAUAUAAAAGAAAUCUGUAUAAUAGGUAAAUAGUGAGAAUUUACAUAGCAAUUCAGGCAAUGCAAAGAUAUUAAAUUUACUAAACGAUUAACAAAUAGCUGAACCAUAAUAACUAAAAUAGAUUAAUUGGGAAACCCUAAAUCGAAUAGACCAAUAAGCAAACCACACACGAGCAGCCAACUGAAGUGCAUGUUUAUUUGGAAAAAAAGUUAUAAAAUAUGUAUAAGAAAAAUGAGAAAUAACUCAACUAAAAUUGGUAGAGCAACAUUUUUAGUGUCUGCCGAACAUCAAAUGGGAUUCGAAAGGUGUUCAAUAAAUUGAAGUUUUGUGGGCUUAGUGUAAAACCCUAUCAGGCGGCUUCUGAAUGUCCAUAUACGUAUGUAUGUAUGUAUAUAAGAGUGCAGUGCAAGCUUGCUACUAUUACUAUUUUCUUAGCGGCUGGCAUCUUCAUUAUUUUUACGCACACACCGAUGACGACACGGGCCUUGCGCUCAACUAAACUAAAUACGCUGAUCGAUGAUCCGCUCUAUGACAUGGACGAGCUGGUGCCAUUUGAAAGUAAGCGCUCGAUGCCAUGCGAUUCAUGUGGGAAUGAGUGUACGAGUGCGUGUGGCACGAAAAAUUUUCGCACCUGUUGCUUCAAUUAUCUGCGCAAACGAAAUGAUCCAAAUGCCAUGAAAUCCUUCAGCAAUAAGCGUCUCAUCGAUUUCAUACUCCUACAAGGACGUGCCGCAAUGUACACCUUGGACGAGCACCACCGCAAUGGUAACGUUGGCGAUGAUGAAAGGGAGGAAAGCGGUGGUGGUGGAAGUUCCGGUAUUGUCGGGGAUGAGAACACCUUUGCAGACAUUGGCAAUGGUCAUCGAAUUAGAAGCGCUCAUUUUCAUCACAGAAUCGUGUAAGAGGCACAUCAGCGGUGAAGUUUCGCACAUUUCCAGUUUGGGAGUGUGCACCUUUUUUUUGGAUGUUUAAGUUCUAGUUAUAGCUGGAAAGUUAAAAAGUUCUAUUGCAUAAAAAAUAUGUCUGCGGUUUGAAAUGUUGUUUUUAUAAUGAAUAAAUAGCAAUUGCUUUCUAAAAAGCUUAAA